UUUACUUGUCACUUGAACUUUCUUUUUAAAUUUUCUCGCAAUAAAUUCAAAAUUGUCCGUACAAAAACUUGAAAAAAAAAAUUUAACAUUCCUCGAUUCAACUCUUUAAUUGAUGCUCUUGAUUGUGUGUUUCAGCAGGUUUUGUUGUUGAGGCAUGCUUAAAUCUUCUACUUGCUUCGUUUCAAAUGGCUCUUGCAAUUGCACUUACACAAUCAUGUGGCUUGUGUUUUAGUACCAGACAAACAAUCUUUCAAGCAAAGAGAGGAUACCGAAAUGUUUUGGGUAGAGAGAUGAGGCUUACUAACUUCUUAGUAUCUAAAGUAUCGAGAAUAUGUUAUCCAUCAAAGCAUAUGUAUGCUGAAAAAACGUUGGUGGAAGUAGACAGUUAUGACUCGAAAAGCUUAUUGGAUCGGUCUAAAUUGUUUAAUAAGAGCCCGAGUCUAUGUGAGGAAGAAGAAAGGAGAAGGGAAGAUAAGAAGAAAGGCACGAGCAGGGGAAGACACUGGAAGGGAAAUCAUGGUGGCAGAGGGCUGUGAUUUUAAUACAGAUGAUAGCAGUGGUGGCGACUCCAAUAAGCAGUCCAGUAAGCAGUUUUUUGGAGACCCAAAUGACAGCCCUCUAGAAGUAGAAAAAGCAGCAGACAAGCAACCAAAGUUGUGGCACAUGCUGGAAAAGAGAGGAAUAAUGAAGAUAUGGGAAGCUGAGCUGGCGUGCAAGGAUUGGGAGAAAAGUUGGGAGGAAUUAAGAAAUAGGGACCUGGAGAAGGAGAGAAGGCAGGAAGAAAAUUGUAAGAAGGUGUGGGAGAGCUCCAGCCUCUCGAAAGCUGGUUAGCAUCGAACUCUCGGAGUUCCUUGGGUCAUUGUAAUGUGUGAGGGUUUUUGUUACGUUGCCGUGUGAGAGUUAGUCGUGUUAUUGUUGUGUUUCUUUUGGUUACUUGUGUGAAGGUUUAGCUAUGUGCAUGCUACCUUCCUUUUGUUUACUUGUAACCUUUUGGGAUUACAGAUAUAAUGUAUGAAGGGGAUACUGGUCUGAGUCCAUAGAGUAAGAGUUGUUUUGUAAAUCAGUUGUCUGGGGAUGUAAAGACUGUACAACUCUGUUCUUAAUGAAAUUAUUACCAAGAGCAUUUCAAUUUA